GUUGAAGCCACCUCCAGCUGCAAUUGGAAGAUCGAUGCUCGCGGGCCCACGUGAGCAGGCGAGACUCUCUUCCAGCCUGCAGGUGUUCUUGGUCGACUUCAUCUUCCAGUAAUGGCACGUUGGAGCUCGCGUCAUGCAUCAUUCCGAGCAACAAUUCUCUACCAGGUACGCACGAUUGCCAGUCGGUGGCAUGUCUGAUCGAUAUAUCACCGUACCUAUACACCGUACCUAUACUCAUCUGCAGCUGAGUAGAAGUACUCGUAUUUGGUAUCGACGGGAAAAAUGGGUACCCCUUACGUCAUUCUUUCAGAGAGGGCACCAGGAGCAGAGAGGAACCGUUGAUCAUGAAUGCGGGUGAGAUCCCAAACGAGACAGCCCGGGAUUUUGCUUUUGCCUUACUUACCUCGAAAUACUUCCACUUCACAAACAUGCAAUUCCAGUCGGUCCCCGAGUGAGAGAGAGAUGAUGCCGCGCGAUUCAGCCAUCGUAGAUGAUCGGACCACGUUCCUCCUACAUGACCAUGCUGAGAAUCAGGAGCCGAAAAAAUCACAUCGAUACAUCCUCCCAUUGAUAUAUCUCACGACCUUUUUCCUCUGGCUGGGCCAAAAUAUACAGCCAGCGCCACAGACGGAGAUAUACCAGUCGAUUGUAUGUCAACAACACUAUGAUACCCACGCAAUCAGUUUCGUCGACGACCAGCGAUGCAAAGCUCGCCAAGUGCAAGAGGAACUCGCCAUGAUCCAAGGUCUGGAGAGGCUUCUGGGAGCUUUGCCUACCAUUCUUGCCAUCCCCUACGGCGUGGUCGCCAACAAAUAUGGGCGAGCGUUGGUUCUGUCGCUUUCCAUUGUCGGCGUGCUGCUGGAGCAGAUAUGGGCACUCACAGUGUGUUCCUACCCAGACUCGCUCCCGCUCCGUUUGGUGUGGCUAGGCCCCAUGUUCGAGAGCAUCGGUGGAGGGAUGGGCGUCGCUUCAUCUAUGAUACAUAUCAUUGUUGCCGACGUGGUCUCCGCCGAAGCUAGAACCAGCAUCUUCUUCCGUCUCCAUGCAGCGGGUAUCGUAGCUGCGAUGCUUGCACAGAGCACCGCCUCUUUCCUGAUGGUUCGUGAUGUUUGGGCGCCGUGGUACCUGGGCUUGGCCUGUAUAUCGCUUUCGCUGGUCAUGUCCCUCAUGAUAUCAAAUUCUACCAUGACAUCCGCAAGCGCUCUCAAGGGCACAGGCGACCCAGCCUCACAAAUCAAUAUAUCCUCGAGCAGUGUAAGGGUGCGAGGUGUCCAAGAAAGACUUGUCAGAUUGGCUACAACCAUAAAGGGUAUCUGGAGCUUGCUCACAGCCAACCCUCAGAUUUCCUUACUCUUGUGUCUGAUCUUUAUUUGUCAGCUGGGGGAUAAUUAAGUAUCUACAAUCCUACUGCUCUAUAUAUCAAAAAGAUUUCACUGGAGUUUCGCAAGGGUAUGUCUACUCGCCUCGCUGCUUGCAUUGUGGCCCCGGCUAAUAACUCCCCCUACGCAGGCCAAUUUCCUCUGGUUUCUUGAUGAAGGGGUCGAGCUCUUCUUUCUCAUAGUUCUCCUUCCUCUAGCGAGCCAUGUAUUUAUUAGUCGAUGCAAAAUGUCCCCUUACGCUAAGGACCGAUUCAUCGCGUUGGCUUGUACUCUCACUCUGACGAUUGGCGCACUCGGCCUCGGAAUUGCACCUGUCAUAGGCCUGGCGAUUCCAAGUACCUUCUCACCGUUCAGAUUCGUGAUUCGUGCUAACACAAUAAUAGGCUUCGUUUGUCUUUCCAUGGGAACCGGUAUCAUUGAUAUUCUUCGUUCUCUGUUAACGUACGCGAUUGCCGCCGAAGACAUCAGCGUGGUAUAUUCGGCUAUGACAAUUCCCAUUGUCCUCGGCUCAUCCAUUGCUGGACCUGUCUAUACUGGCACCUUUGCUUUGGGCCUUAGACUUGGUACACCAUGGGAGGGACUACCUUUUAUGGUUGCAGGCGGCUUGUUCAUACUCUCAUUCGGUAUUUUAUUUUUUGUGAAGCGGACUGUCUACGAAGAGGCCGAACCGGAGGAUGAAAUGGGGUAG